GGAUUUCCUGCGGGAGGCGCCGAGCCGGCCUUGGAAAAGGAGGAGGAGAAAAAGGGUAAGGGGGGGCUGUGGGAGCCACCGUCCAGAGUGCCAGGGACCGAGCAGGACCUGGCGGACCCCCGGCGGGGAGGCUGGGAGAGACUCUGGCCCAGCCUUCAGCAGACCUUCAGCGGACCACACCUUUUGCAGACCCCUGCGACAUGUCCACCGCUGCUGGCUGAGGUGUGAGGGAAUGCUGGCUGCUCUCUGGGUGGGCACUGGUGCCCCUGAGCCACGUUGGAAAGAUUGGCGCCCCCAGUCCCGGCCCAUCCCUGGGCUGUCGGAAGCUGCAAGCUGAUAUCCGUUCAGAUUUCCACACAGCCUCUGCCCCCUCAGAGAUCAGCUUUCCUGCUUGUGGCGGCAGCUCACGAAGCACCUUGAGCGGGUACCCGUCGGUGCCUGACAAGAAGUCCACUGCCUGGGACACCAGACACACUCCCCCUGGACGCCUGGCCCUCCAGAGGGCCAAGGGAUGGCACCCUGACACCUCGGCUUAGACCCGUUUCCCUGCCUCUGCCCUGGACUCCUGAGCUCAGAGCCCAGCCCAGGGACCAGCAUGGGUCGAGAACAGGACCUGAUCCUCGCCGUCAAGAAUGGAGAUGUGACUGGUGUGCAGAAACUGGUGGCUAAGGUCAAGGCCACGAAGACAAAGCUCCUUGGCUCCACGAAGAGACUCAACGUCAACUACCAGGAUGCUGACGGGUUCUCGGCUCUCCACCACGCCGCCCUGGGGGGCAGCCUGGAGCUCAUAGCCUUGCUGCUGGAGGCUCAGGCCACCGUUGACAUCAAGGACAGCAAUGGCAUGCGCCCGCUGCACUAUGCAGCCUGGCAGGGCCGGCUGGAGCCCGUGAGGCUGCUACUGCGGGCCUCUGCGGCCGUGAACGCCGCCUCGCUGGACGGGCAGAUCCCGCUGCACCUGGCUGCCCAGUACGGACACUAUGAAGUGUCAGAAAUGCUCCUCCAGCAUCAGUCCAACCCGUGCCUGGUCAACAAGGCCAAGAAGACGCCCUUGGACCUGGCCUGCGAAUUUGGACGGCUCAAGGUGGCCCAGCUGUUACUGAACAGCCACUUAUGUGUGGCACUGCUGGAGGGUGAGGCCAAGGACCCGUGUGACCCCAACUAUACCACACCCCUGCACUUGGCUGCCAAGAACGGCCACAGAGAGGUCAUCAGGCAGCUCCUGAGAGCUGGGAUUGAGAUCAACCGCCAGACCAAGACCGGCACGGCGCUCCACGAGGCCGCGCUGUACGGCAAGACCGAGGUGGUGCGGCUACUCCUGGAGGGUGGGGUGGACGUGAACAUCCGGAACACGUAUAACCAGACGGCGCUGGACAUCGUGAAUCAGUUCACCACCUCCCAGGCCAGCCGGGAAAUCAAGCAGCUACUGCGGGAGGCCUCAGGGAUCCUGAAGGUCCGGGCGCUCAAGGAUUUCUGGAACCUCCACGAUCCCACGGCCCUCAAUGUCCGGGCAGGGGACGUGAUCACGGUGCUUGAGCAGCACCCCGACGGCCGCUGGAAGGGCCACAUCCACGAGAGCCAGAGGGGCACGGACCGUGUGGGCUACUUUCCCCCGGGCAUCGUUGAAGUGGUCAGCAAGCGAGUGGGCGUCCUUGCACCCCGCCUCCCCUCUGCGUCCACCACCCUGCGCCCAGGCCUCUCCAGGACACCGCAGCCCCCUGCCGAUGACCCCCUGCACCCCCUUACCUAUGGCCAGUUGCCUCGGGUGGGCCUCAGCCCAGACAGCCCAGCAGGUGACAGGAACAGCGUGGGCAGUGAGGGCAGCGUGGGAAGCAUCCGCAGUGCCGGCAGCGGACAGAGUUCCGAGGGCACCAACGGCCACGGCACCGGCCUCCUGAUUGAGAAUGCCCAGCCACUGCCCUCUGCUGGAGAGGACCAGGUGCCGCCAGGACUGCAGCCCCCGCCCCUGGCAGACAACCCAAGCCACCACCCUCUGGCCAACUACCGCUCCGGGGAGCAGCUCUUCACCCAGGACGUGAGGCCGGAGCAGCUGCUGGAGGGGAAGGACGCUCAGGCCAUUCAUAACUGGCUCAGCGAGUUCCAGCUGGAGGGCUACACUGCCCACUUUCUGCAGGCUGGCUAUGACGUGCCAACUAUCAGCCGCAUGACACCCGAGGACCUGACGGCCAUCGGGGUGACCAAGCCCGGGCACAGGAAGAAGAUCGCCUCAGAGAUCGCCCAGCUCAGCAUCGCCGAGUGGUUACCCAACUACAUCCCGGCAGACCUGCUGGAGUGGCUGUGCGCGCUGGGGCUGCCGCAGUACCACAAGCAGCUGGUGAGCAGCGGCUACGAUUCCAUGGGGCUGGUGGCCGACCUCACUUGGGAGGAGCUGCAGGAGAUCGGCGUCAACAAGCUCGGUCAUCAGAAGAAGCUCAUGCUGGGGGUGAAGCGGCUGGCUGAGCUUCGGCGGGGCCUACUGCAGGGCGAGGCCCCAGGUGACGGCGGCCGCCGGCUGGCCAGGGGCCCGGAGCUCAUGGCCAUCGAGGGGCUGGAGAAUGGGGACGGUCCGGCUGUGGCUGGCCCGCGCCUCCUCACCUUCCAGGGCAGCGAGCUGAGCCCAGAGCUACAGGCGGCCAUGGCAGGGGGUGGCCCUGAGCCGCUCCCCCUGCUCCCUGCCCGUUCCCCAAGCCAGGAGAGCAUCGGGGCACGCUCACGGGGGUCCGGACACUCGCAGGAACAGCCUGCCUCCCAGCCCAGUGGCGGAGACCCCAACACCCCACAGGAGAGGAAUCUUCCAGAGGGCACAGAGCGGCCCCCUAAGCUCUGUUCCCCACUUCCUGGCCAAGGGGCCCCCCCUUAUGUUUUUAUGUACCCCCAGGGCUCGCCCUCCAGCCCAGCCCCAGGGCCGCCUCCUGGCGCACCCCGGGCCUUCUCCUACUUGGCCGGCCCCCUGGCCACCACUCCUCCAGACCCGCCUCGGCCCAAGCGCCGGUCCCACAGCCUGAGCCGCCCCAGCCCGGCCGAGGGGGAAGCCGAGGGGGAGGCCGAAGGGCCAGUGGAUAGCGCCUUGGGCAGCUACGCCACCCUCACUCGGCGACCAGGACGCAGCGCCCUCGCCCGGACCAGCCCCAGCCCGACCCCAACCCGAGGGGCGCCCCGCAGCCAGUCCUUCGCCCUGCGGGCCCGCCGCAAAGGCCCCCCGCCCCCGCCCCCCAAGCGCCUCAGCUCCGUCUCCGGCCCCACCCUGGAGACGCCGCCGCCGCCGCCAGAUGGAAGCCCGGCGCCCAAGGAGGGGGGGCCCCCGGGGCCCCGGAGGCGAACACUCAGUGAACCCACGGGCCCCUCGGAGCCCCCCGGCCUGCCCGCCCCGGCUGGCGCCGCAUCGGACACGGAGGAGGAGGACCCAGGGCCCGAGGGGACACCCCCGUCUCGGGGCAGCUCAGGGGAGGGGCUCCCGUUCGCGGAGGAGGGGAACCUGACGAUCAAACAGAGGCCCAAGCCGGCGGGCCCCCCACCCCGGGAGACGCCCGUGCCUGCUGGCCUCGACUUCAACCUCACAGAGUCAGACACUGUUAAGCGGAGGCCCAAAUGCCGGGAGAGGGAGCCACUGCAGACGGCACUCCUGGCCUUCGGGGUGGCCGGUGCCACGCCCGGCCCCCCUGUCCCCCUGUCCUCGCAGACCCCCGGCGAGUCCCCCUCGGCCUCCGCCAGCCCUCCCCGGCCUGACCCUAGCAGCCUCUCGAACCCCGGGGCUCCAGCCCCUCUCUCUCCCAGCCCCCCGGCCCAGCCCCCCGUGGCUCCCUGCCCGGGGCCGGCUCUGGAGAACAGUCGGCGGCCCGGGGAGAUGGAGCCCCCGGCUCCCCCUGCUGCCCUCCUCAAGGUGCCCGGAGCAGGAACAGCCCCCAAGCCUGUGUCUGUGGCCUGCACCCAGCUGGCAUUUUCUGGCCCUAAGCUGGCUCCCCGGCUCGGCCCCCGCCCUGUGCCCCCUCCAAGGCCAGAGAACACUGGGGCCACGGGCCCAGGCCGGGCCCAGCAGAGACUGGAGCAGACCAGCUCAUCCCUGGCAGCUGCCUUGCGGGCCGCGGAGAAGAGCAUUGGUGCUGAGGAGCGAGAGGGCCCCCCGGGCACCUCCACCAAGCACAUCCUGGACGACAUCAGCACCAUGUUCGACGCCCUGGCUAACCAGCUGGAUGCCAUGCUGGAUUGAGCCGGACCUGCCGGCAGCCCGCAACGGUGCCCACCGUGAUCUCCCUCAGCCACCGCCUUUCCCCCGGCACGGACGCCGCCCCUGCCGCCCUAGCGGGGUCCCUCCUGCUGCUCCAAGCCAGCGGCUGUGGGCACUAGGGCUCUGGGAGGCAGCCCCCGGGGGGAGCUGAGGGGACUCGUCAGAACCUGACACCUCAGCAGGGCCCCCUCCCAGCGUGUAACCUGAGGGGACGGCCCCGCCUCUUGGACAGGGACCCUGGUGAGAGCUUCCUCUCCAGGAAGAGAGAGGUGGUGGCCGGGCUUCCGGGGUUACCUCCUCUGUCCCCCCAGUGUCUAGAGCCCCUGGGCCAAGGUCCUCUGGCCACCCACUGUGCUGUCCCGGCACCGAGAGGCUGGAGGAGGCGGUGUGUCUGGCCUGGUCCCCCGCAGGUGUUCACAGGACACGUAAACAAGCGGCCAGGCCAGCCUCCGCGCCGCCCCUGCCUGCCCUCGGUGAGGCAAAGCUGGCGGGGGUGGGGGCUGUGGGAGUCACAGGUUCCCCCAAAGUCCAGACUUUCCCAACUGUAAAUGUUAUUUUUUAAGCAGAGAGAAAUGCAUAUAUUUUAAAUGGAAUUUAUUCUAUCUAUAACUGCCUGAGAGGACGCAGUGGGGGAGGGGCUUCGGACCACAGCAAGAGCACCCACUGCCCGCCUUGGGGCUGGAAGCCUGACCUGGUUGGCCCAGGCCCCGGCUCUGUAACCAUUAACCUCUUCCCCCAACUAACACCAAUGAAAGUGUCAUUCCACGUGAUCGGGCUGUGUGUUUGGAUCUGCGCCGCGGACCUC